AUGGACUCUACUGCAGCCAUUGAUAUUGCUUUGAAAUGCUUGGAUGAUGACCAUAGACAUGGUAUCCUCGCGAGACAGAUUCAGGUUCUCCUCAAUAGAGAUUGGGAGGUUCGAAUUAGUCAUGUGUAUAGGGAAGCUAAUUUUGCGGCUGACUUCCUUGCUAAUAGGGGUCACCUUGUUGAUUUUGGCACACAUCGAUUCAAUGUGUGCGACCCUGAGUUGGGUAGAUGGCUUUUGUACGAUAUCAUGGGCAUUGCUCACGAUCGUUCGAUUAUUUCUUUAAUGAGUUAG